AUGAAUUCUCUCCCUAAAACACACCACUAUCAUCAUCACCUCUCUUUCACUCACACUCAUUCUUCAUUUCCAAUAAUACCCUUCUCUUUCUCUUUCUCUUUCUCCUUCCCCUCUCAUCCAUUCUCAUCAUCAUCCAUCAAAGCCUCCUCCUCACCGUCACCAAAAAACCACAAUCCGUUUCAUCAAAAACCUCGAAACGCUUUUUUCCAAUUGCUCCAAACCCUAAACCCCAUUUUCUCACCUCUCUUCGAACCCGCUUACGUGGCUAUAGCAGUUAUCGCAUUCUUCUUAAUUCGCAUUCAACACAACCCCGCCGCCGCAACUUCUACACUUUUACCUCCGCCGCCCGCGGAAUCCUCCACGGCAACCACCGCCACUACAAAAAAUCAAACUAGUAAAGAAAACAAUAGCGCAAUCGAAGAGCAAUUGAAAAACAAUUCCAACGAUGCAAACGCUCUUCGUUCUCUCGUGGAGGAAAAUGUAAGAGCACUCAAACUAAGCGAAGCUAUUAGGUUCCUUGACCGAUUAAUCGAACUCGAACCGGAGGAUUUCGAUUUGCAUCUUCUGAAAGCACAUUUGCAUAGGCACAACGGUGAGCAUGAAUUGGCUAAGAUAAGUUUCGAACUUGUUCUGAAGCAAGAGCCGGUUAACAUAGAAGCUUAUCGCGGUCUUUUGAUGACGAAUUUGGAAUUGAAUGAACCAAUGGAGAGUUUUUUGAAUAGGGUUGAUCAAGUAGUGAAGUUUUUUGAAGAACAAAAAAUGGACUCAGAAGUGAGGGAAUUUAAGCUUUUGAUUGCGCAAGUGAAGGUAAUGGAAGAAGAUUAUUCGGGUGCUUUGAAGGUUUAUGAGGAGAUUGUGAAGCAAGAACCAAGAGAUUUUAGACCAUAUUUGUGUCAGGGUGUUGUUUAUACUUUGCUUAGAAAGAAUGAUGAAGCUGAGAAACAGUUUGAAGAGUAUAGAAGACUUGUUCCUGAGAAUCAUCCUUAUAAAGAGUAUUUUGAGAAUAACACUAAGAUUUUUUCCAGGAAGCUAGAAAGGGAAGGAAUAGAUGCAAAGAGUUUAGAUUGGGAAUCACAACCACGCAGUUCCAAUAUAGAGGUUGUCUCUGAUGUUGUUUUUUUUAUUUUUUUGUUAAAGUGA